AGGAAGGGAAUCUCUUAUUUUCUCUCCUCCUCUCUCCUUGUUUCUCCACCCACACCCCGUGUCUGCCUGCUUGCUAGUGUACAUUGCAGUGCCUCUGUGUGUGUGCGCGCGCGUGAGAGAGAGAGAGAGAGAGAGAGAGAGAGAGAGAGAGAGAGAGAGAGAGAGAGGUUUGCAUUGACUGUUAGCAGAAUUGUUUUCAGGUGGUUUUUCUGUUGGACCCUCCCAAAUCUCUCCUGCUUCCACCGGCAGGGAAAAGCAAGAAAUAGUUCAGUCAUGAUUUAUGAAUGAAUGUGACUCCCUCUGCCAAGGGAUAUUGUCUCUGGUUUCGAAGAGGGAGAGGCAGGAGAUCGACAAAGGGGUGUGAGGACCAGGACGGAAGAAAGGCUGGAGUGGACUCUUAUGACUUGGUGGAAAAAAUCUAAAAUCAGGACUGAUUGAGGAGAGAGCUGACCCCGGCUUCUACCCACUCCGUAUACCAGGAGUCACUCUGCAUGGUCUUCACAAAGGCCUCUCUCCACUUGACUGCUUUUGAAGCUAAUUCUGUGGUAUUUGUUUUUCCUUCUUGGAUGUCAUGGAAUCCUCAGUAUCGAAGCUCAAAGUUUCGCCAUGUCUUUGGCAAACCCGCCACCAAAGAGAACUGCUAUGACUGUGUGCCCAUCACCAGGAGUGUCCACGACAACCACUUCUGUGCUGUUAACCCCCACUUCAUUGCUGUCGUGACAGAAUGUGCUGGAGGGGGCGCCUUCCUGGUCAUUCCAAUACAUCAGACAGGAAAGCUUGAUCCACAUUACCCAAAGGUCUGUGGCCACAAAGGCAACGUUUUGGACAUCAAGUGGAACCCUUUUGAUGACUUUGUAAUAGCCUCCUGUUCUGAAGAUGCCACGAUUAAGAUAUGGGAUAUUCCAAAACAAUUGCUCUCAAGAAACAUUACUCUCGCAAAGAAGGAGCUGCUUGGGCAUGCGAGGAGGGUUGGACUCCUGGAAUGGCACCCAACUGCUGCUGAUAUUCUCUUUAGCACUGGUUAUGAUUAUAAGUUAAUGAUAUGGAACCUUGACACAAAAGAGCCUGUAAUUCUGAACCCAGUGAAGAUAAUUGACUUUCACCAAGAUGUGAUCCUCUCCAUGUCAUUCAACACAGAUGGCAGCCUGCUUGCAACCACCUGUAAGGACAGAAAGAUAAGGGUUUUUGACCCCCGCUCAGGAACAGUCUUACAGGAAGCAAACUACAAGUCCCACAGAGCCAACAAAGUGCUGUUUCUAGGAAAUAUGAAAAAGCUGCUGUCCACUGGAACAUCCCGAUGGAACAACAGGCAAAUUGUAGUAUGGAAUGAGAAUGACCUUUCUGUGCCUUUACUUGAAGAGGACCUGGAUGGUUCUUCUGGUGUAUUAUUCCCCUUCUAUGAUGCAGACACCAACAUGCUCUAUGUGGUGGGCAAGGGUGAUGGGAAUAUUCGAUACUAUGAAAUUAGUGCAGACAAACCACAUUUGAACUAUCUUACAGAAUAUCGUUCCUAUCUUCCUCAAAAGGGAAUCGGAAUCAUGCCAAAGAGGGGUCUGGAUGUAUCUUCCUGUGAGAUAUUCAGAUUCUACAAACUGAUAACCACCAAAGGUCUCAUCGAGCCUGUAUCAAUGAUUGUCCCUCGACGGUCAGAAUCAUACCAAGAAGAUAUCUACCCCUUGACAGCCGGAGUCCAGCCAGCUCUGACAGCACAAGAAUGGCUGAAUGGAAUGAAUAAAGGGCCAUUGCUGGUAUCUCUGAGACCAGGGUCGGAACUUAUAAACUCUCAACAACAGUUUCCUGAAAGGACAGUAUCCAAUUCUACACCUCUGGAAUCAAAUAGGUAUCUGGACAGGAUAGAAAGGAAAACAACAUUUGAGGAUGCCAAGAACCCAUACAGGUUCCAAGAUGAGAGAGGACCAAGAAAAGGAAUAGAUCAAGCACAAGAGGACAGGAAACCUUGGCUUUCAAAUGGUUUUGAUCUAUUUGAAUGUCCUCCACCAAAAACGGAAAAUGAGCUGCUGCAAAUGUUCUAUCGACAACAAGAAGAAAUUCGGAGACUAAGGGAGCUAGUAAACCAGAGAGAAGUCCAAGUCAAACAGUUGGAACUGGAGAUCAAAAAUAUACACAUGAGCUCAGGCACAUACUGAGGAGAGAAAGAAUCUGUUUUCCUGACCCUCGGAACCCAGAGCAACUCCCAGACAAAUAUCAAAACCAAACUCCAAAUCUCAUAAGAAUAACUACUGUUUUUAUAUUUUUGUGGGAAAACAAAAAUUUAAUUCAUUGAAAAAUGCCAGUGGUCAAUAGUGCCCAAUUUUCUACUUGCCUUCUUUUCAUAGAGGUUUUUGGAUCAAAUCAUUUAAAAUAAUACUUUGGCCUUUGGUUCAUUAUCUCUCUCUCUCUCUUUUUAAAAAUAGUCCAUAGAAGCAAAAACAAAAAGUGCUAUAGCACCUGAAGAAAAAGUCUAGUAGUAACCAAAAUCAGAGAGAGAGAGAGAGAGAGAGAGAGAGAGAGAGAGAGAGAGAGAGAGAGAGAGAGAGAGAGAGAGAGAGAGAGAGAGAGAGAGAGCAGUUCUCAGCAUGUAGCUAUACGCAAAUAAGAGAAGGAUCACCUGAAGGGGAUCUCCUCCUGCAGGGAUUCCUUCCACUGCUACAGGCCACAGCCCUUAGUAGAAAAUUCCUAGGGAGUUGUCUGAGGAGCAUAUGGUUAAAUGACUUGCCCAGAGUCAUCACAUAACUAGUAAGUAUCAGGGAUGGGACUUGACUGCAGGUCUUAUUGACUCCAACCCCAACGCUCAAUCCAUUUUUACCAUACUGCCCCUAUAUAGUGAACAGAUAGAUUUAAAUAAAUUUCUUUUUCCCCCUAAAAAUACUAGAUUUUGUCAAAUGUCCUCAAAUUAAACUGAAUAGCUGGUCCUUGACUUAAAGUCAAUUAUAGAGAUUUUUUCAUAGAAAUUGAAGAGAUUAAUUGCCAGUAGAUAUACAGUUCAGGUUCUAGUUCUGGUCCCAGAAUGCAGAUAAUCAAAUCCAAACUGUUCUUUCUUUUAAAAAAAUAUGAAAAACUCUAAGUCUCCUUGGUACAAUACCCCAGCAAAAAACUAAGAAUUAUUGGAAGUAAAAGUUACUUUUAACCAAUGGGUCAAAAAUGACUUUUUACUACUCACUAUUAUUGCAGGGCUACUAUUAGUGUUUGGUAACCUGGGUUUAUGGAUAAUGAUGGAGAACCUAUAUAGUUCACCUUCACAGAUGUUCUGUAAGCCAUCACAAAAAUAAGAUAUAACUGGAAAGAUCCAAAUGAGUUGUGAGCAUCAAGAUUGCCAUAAAGCAUUGCUGCUCAUGUCUUUCCCACUGCUCCACUCUGGGCAACCAAGGGCAUAUAGUAGGUAUAUAAUGUCCUAUCUGGUUGUAAUUUAAAUUGGCAUGUCCCCACAUCCUGAGAAGCUGGGGCUCACCAUUUCUGUGUUUUCACUAGGCCACAACUCCCUAGGCAUGCUUUUCUCACCUGAGCAACACUGUCCUGUAAAUACUUUAAGAUGUUGGAACUUAUUUUUAUACAAGCAUUGUCUGCAAAACAUGCCUUACUGCACUGAGGAAAAGGACGAAUCAUAAUCGAUUACUGGGAGAGCAGAAAUCCAUGUUAUACUAUGUUUUAAACAUGUCAACUACAAUCUUCUCAAGCAAAAUUCAUGUGUUGGUGACCAAAAUUUCAUGUUUAAAAAUAGUAUGUGGCUUUUCUGAGGUAGACAGAAAGCUUUUUUUCAUUUUCUUUUUUUAUGUCUAGAAUAAAUUAUUUAAAUUAUUUGACAGGUAGGGAAAGGGAUAGGUAAUUUUUACCCAAUAUUUUUUUAACCAGUCUUUUUUUAAUUGUAUUUUUCUUUAUGUAUGUGACCUGAUAAGGCUAAAAUUAGUCAUAUCCACAGUGCUGAGCCAAUUAGUAAGAGUGCUCGCUGAUCUAUGUACUUGAAACAAUAAUAGUUACUUUGAUUGUUUACUCAUUUACUAUCCCAUGAACAACUAUUGAAUAAGCAUCUGAGUAUAAUCUUUGGAAUAAUACCUCUGUAUAAAUGUUGAGUUCUAAACACUUUUCCUCCCCUUGCCCUCCAAGCAUAUUUUGAAUUUGUUUUUUAAAAAAUGUGUUAUACAGGAGAUCAAAUGACAAAAAAUUGGUUUAUGCUUUAUUAAACUGUGCCUAAAACUAUUUAAAUGAUCAUUUUAUCAUCAUUUCUUAAAUUCCUUGUAUCUUUGUAAAAAAAUAGAUGUUGUGGAAUUGUGCAAUGAAAAACAAAUGUAACAAAAUAAUAAAUAACUGCCUAGACUUUUACUUUUUAAUACAUAGUUUUUUUUAAAAUAAAUAUUAUGUAUUUGAUUUGCAUAGAGCAAAAAUCAAGAAGAUUAAAGGAGUGGGAUCUGCUGUGAGUUUGGCCAGUCUUUAGUUUAUGGAGAUAGUAUGACAUUCUCCUACUAGGCAGAGACUGUACACCCAUGUAAAUGCAUGUGGAUCACCCCCCCAAAAAAAUUUUGGCCUGCUCAUGGAACCUGCCCUUGUGUAUUAUAUGUA